AGGGUCACACACAGGACCAAGCAGGAGCAGGAGGACAUCAGCAUUUAGAUUUUGUUUUUCAAAUGGAGGAACACGAAGAUAUUCAAUACUGUUUUCAAGACAGAAACUCUUCUUGCAGAAAGGCUUUGCUAUCGAUAUCUAUCUACAUAACACUGUACAUCUUAUUCUCAUUGAUUUCAGCAGUUACAGUAUUUUUGAACCUACUGGUGAUCAUCUCCAUCUCUCACUUCAAGCAGCUCCACACUCCAACCAACCUGCUCAUCCUCGCUCUGGCUGCAUCAGAUCUCCUGGUGGGACUGAUUGUGAUACCAGUAAUGACUGUAGCAAUAAUUGAAUCAUGCUGGGGAUUUGGGGAAUAUUUCUGUGCGUUUCUUCUCUACAUUACUUGUUUAUGUACUUCUUUAUCUCUGGGCAGUUUGGUCUUGAUAUCUAUUGACCGCUAUGUUGCUGUGUGUUAUCCCUUAUUGUACCACUCUAAAAUAACAAUAACAAGAAUGAUGUGUUGUAUAUCAAUUACAUGGUGUUGUUGUACCAUAUACAAUGCUGUUAUUAUAAAAGGCAUUGUAAAUGUACAGGUACCCAGUCGGUGUUUGAAUGAAUGUUUUAUUGUCAAAGGAAUAACCUGGGGUAAUAUAAUUGACUUUGUAUUUACAAUGGUUGUCCCGUGCUCUAUUAUUAUAACACUUUAUAUGAAAAUCUUUGUGGUGGCCAGAUCACAGGCCAGAAAGGUAUUUUCAAAAGAGGCUGCCAGUGUGUCUGGUGUUAAAACUGUACAGGCAAAUAAGUCUGAGAGAAAAGCAGCAAAAACUCUGUCUAUUGUUGUUUUCAACUAUUUCUUUUGUUGGAUUCCAUUUUUAUUUUCUUUUUUCUUUGUUUCUUUUUUAAGUGACAAUUUAUUAUCAUUCAUCCUCAGCUUUCUGCCACUUGUUAAUUCCUUAAUUAAUCCAAUAAUUUAUGCUUUCUUUUAUCCAUGGUUCAAAGUGACAGCUAAACAUAUUUUAACUCUGAAUUUAAGGCGUUCAUAGUUCCUAUAUCUGUAUUUCUAAGUUUGAAAAACAGGUUUGACAUAGUUUUGUUUUACAAUUGUUCUUUCAUGUAACAAUACACUGACAAUACAUAGAUGAAUGUGGUGUUGAUACAGAAUGAUUUGGCUGGAUUGGAUUGGAAUGACUUGAAAAAAAGUUUAAGAUGGCAUAAAUUUAAAAAAGUUUCAGGCAUAAAUAAAUAAAAAGUUUAAGAAGGCAUAAAUAAAAAAGGAGAAUGCAUAAGAAGGUAUAAGCUUGUUUAAUAAAAUACACUGUAGUCAUUUUGGGUUGUAUUCUCCAAAUUCCAAAGCCUGUGGUUGUUCCAUGUUGUUUAAUGAUAAAUAGUAUUUAAUUAUUCUAAAAGUACAUUUUGAGGAAGUCAUGAAUCAUUAUAUAUAGUGUCUAACAUUACCCUCUAGUGUCUACAUAGUGACACAACACCUAUAACAAGUGCAGUGAAGUUGAAAUGUUCAAUACAACAUGAUAUUAGAUGAAGUCCAAGUCUAUCUCAAUGGUGUAAGUAGUUGAGGGUAAAAUGCGAGAAUAUGCAAUUAUGUGUACCACUUUAUAAUGUUCACUAAUAAGCCAUUUAGUAGGUAUUUACAGUUUGCUAACCAUUUAUUAUUACACACACAUUUGUUAAAUGUUAAUCACCUGGGUAUUAUGACAUUUAUAAAUAACUACUAUAUGCAGUAAUGAUAAAACACAACAGUGUAGGAGACCACAGCAGACACUUUAACCUCAAUAUACUGGGUAUGAACACUACCACUACUCUCACUCCAUCACUGCUGCCAUGUUAGGGGUCAUGCCAGAGCAGCUCUCCCUGAAGCUGUUGAGCGUGAAUGAAUAUAGUGAUUGGGUAACACACUAAAUAAUUAAUAAUGGAUAAGUAUAUUGUUUAUUCAUAAUGUAUAUAUCAUUACUUCUUCAUCUGU